CUUUUUAUAUUGAACAAAUCUUUUGAUGGGAUUGAAUUAACUAUUUUUAUUAAAUUACUGGAUAAAUUGAUUAGAAAAUUAAAUUCUGAGAUAAUUACCCAUUAAUUCUAAAUCUAAAGGGCAAAUUGGCAUUUUAGCCAUAAUAUAUACGAAUACUGAAUUCUGGAUUAUGUUUGGAUAAAUCUCAAAGGUUUGCUAUAAUGCAGUUAGAAACCUCGCAACGGAAAAUAAUCCAAUUAGCAUUUGAUGUCUCUAAUUUGGGACAUUUGUUGAAAGUUUCAUGAUUCCUUAGUAAUUUGGGACCAUACACUGACAUUAAUUGGCCCUACCCCUAUGUAUAAAAUUUUGAGAAUUAAUAUAUUAAGUUACCAGUUUAUUUGAAUAAGCUUUGAGUUAUUAAACUUUGAUCACCAUAUUAUAUUUUAUUUAUCAAAAUAUAAGAUGAGCUGGUCUAUAUUUAUGGGUAGAAUUAAAUUAGAGAUCUCUUCCUAAAGACUCCAAGCUACUGUUGGGUGGUUUUUUUGGGACUAGUAAGCUUUACUUGACUGCAUAUUUGGGACAAUUUAAGUUCUUGUUGAACCAAGAAUUCAUCAGCCUUCAGGAUUUUAGAUCUGAUACAGUGACUAUAAAAUCUAACUGCUUACCUGCAUUCUCCAUAAAGAAUUAAGCAUAUGGAAACAGAACCAAAUCUCCCCACCAGCCACAACCAUGAAAAUGGAAAAACAUCUGAUCAUGUUAUUGCCAUCUCAACAGAGGCAAGUGAAUGGCUAGCUUCACUGGAAGAUAAGAUCAGCAAAAUGCCGAAAUUGCUGAACAAAACAGCCGGUAAGAGCUCUUGUUGUAUCUUCAGAGUUCCUAAAAGCCUUGCUCAAAUCAAUGAAAAGGCUUAUCAACCUCAUAUUGUGUCCAUUGGCCCCUAUCACCAUGGUAAUGAUCAAUUCCAGAUGAUUGAAGAACACAAAUGGCGAUUUCUUGGUGCUGUUCUUACUCGAACAAAAGCGAAAGACAUCAGCCUCGACGACUUCUUUAAAGCCAUAGCACCAAAGGAAGAAGAGAUUAGAGAGUGCUAUUCGGAGAAUAUUGGGUAUAGCAGCCAUCAGCUUAUUGAAAUGAUGAUUCUUGAUGGAUGUUUCAUUAUUGAGCUCUUGUGCAUUGUUGCAAGGCUGGAGAAUCAAAUCCCUUUCUUUGUUCUGGAAUCUUUGUUUGGACUAGUUUCAGUCACCCUGGACGACAGUAGUCGUUCCUUGACUGAACUAGCCUUGGAAUUCUUUGAUUAUGCAGUAGAAAGACCGGCAGAAUUUUUAGAUAGAUUCAAAGAUAAAAAAGGGAAACAUUUACUAGAUUUAUUUCGCUCAACUUUCAUUCCUCCACCCCAGGGAAAGCCUAACGAAGAUGCUUAUAGUCCAUUUCUUCAAUUGAUUCAAUCUGCCAAGAAGCUUCGUCUAAGUGGAAUCAAGUUCAAGCCAAAGAGAACUGACAGCUUCCUCGACAUUAGUUUCAGUCACGGAGUCCUAAGAAUUCCACCAUUAACAGUUGAUGAUUUCACCAGCUCUUUCUUGCUCAAUUGUGUUGCGUUUGAGCAGUGUUAUAAACAUUGCUCUAAGCACAUUACUAGUUAUGUUACUUUCAUGGGUUGCCUAAUCAACACGCCUGCCGAUGCUGGCUACUUGAGUGAUCACAGGAUUAUUGAGAAUUACUUUGGAACUGAUGACGAAGUUGCUAAAUUCUUCAAUGAUGUUGGCAAGGAUAUUACUUUUGAUAUCCAAAGGAGUUAUUUAUCCAAGUUGUUCAAGGAUGUUAACAAAUAUUACAGGAACAAUUUUCAUAUCAAAUGGGCAGGAUUCAAGCAUACUUAUUUCGACAGUCCAUGGUCAUUUAUGUCUGCAAUGGCUGCACUUAUCCUCCUCCUGCUCACCAUCAUUCAGGCCUUCUUUGCUGUCUAUCCAUAUGCAAGUCCUUCUCACAAACAAAGCAAUUGAAUGGUUUUAGUUAGUAAUGGGCAGGUAAUUCGGAAAAUUGUUUGAAGGGGAAAGCCUCAUGGAUUCAAAUUUACCUUGAUGAUAACCUGCUCUCCUUUUAAAGAAUUUGUGAAGCAUAAUAAAGAGCUGGCUAUUUGAUGGAUGUUUUGCCAAUACAAA